ACAAGCUUUAACGGGAUAGCUUUGCAGCUGUUAGAGUAAGCUAGGUCGUUAACUUUAAAGCUGCAAAGAUGAUCAACUGGAAGGCUUUGGACAAUGUCCCCCUGCUCUUUUACAUCCUGGCUUUGAAGACACUGGUGCUGUGUUUGGCGUUCGCAGGGGUCAAAAUCUACCAGAGUAAGAAAGCUGAGGCCGUCUUGAAGAAGCAGCAGGCUGAGAAGAGAAGGCUGGCCCAACAGACACAGGAACUCAUCGACAACCUGAAGGAAGACUGAGAAGGGUCACACAAGCUGACAAAAGUGCUACUGACCAGAUAUACUUUCUCCAAAUACAAGUUGGAUUUCUGACUUGGGAACAGGAGGAGUAAAUGCAGUGGUUCCAUACCAGGACUGAAUUUACAGCUGAAGCUAUGCAAAUUCCUAAUUAGAGACUGAGAUUUGUCUUUUAGGAGGAUUUGACUGAUGGACCCUCAGCAUCAUCUUGUCAAAAUUUUCUUUCUACUGUAGGCUCAAAUUCCCCGAACAACAUCAUUAUUCACACACGAUGUUGAGAAAACAACUGCCGGACUUGAAAAACUUAACUUUGUACAUCAUAUAGUUGGUCAUAUCUGUGUUUUUUUUUCUAUGAAUACAGUAUUGUACUUGCUCUGUAACAUACUCUGAUAUGUGAACCAUUUUUGUGCCUAUUUUUGUUAUUAUAUUAAAUGUUUUGUUCCACAUUGCUA